AUGGCAGAUGAUCUAUUGAACGAAGAAAAGGAAGCUUCAGCAACUCAACAACAAGCUACAAAUAUACCUACACCAUCGUCGGCGGUAAUUAAUAAUAAUAAUAAUAAUACUGCUAUGACUAUAUCACCUACUUUAGACCAACAGAAACAACAACAACAACAACAGCCAACCAAUACAGUUACAUCAACACCACAAUUUAAACAACCAUCAUUAAAAGAUAAUCACUCAGUUGUAUUCAAUGCACUAAAUAAUAUAACAGUGGGAGAACUACUCAAUUACUACAAGUUACAACCAGGACAUCAUCCCAAACCAUUGGUCGUAUUGAAUGUUGAUAAUACUAUCUCUGAUGCUUUGCAGUUAUUCUCUGAUAAUAAUAUUAUAGGAGCACCUGUAUUAGAGUCAAAGGAUGGGCCAUUUGGAUAUCGAUUAAAAGGUGUUGUAGAUGUAGUCGAUAUCGUAUUGUUCUAUAAUUCCAUCUCUCAACGACACAAAGAAUCAUCUUUAUCAAUAUCAUCUUUCUUUUCUCAACCAAUUAAACAAACUAUGAAUUUCUUUGGAGUACAAGAUGCAGAUAGAAUUACAGAAGAUGUUUCAUUGCUGAGAGCAUGUGAAUGCUUUUUAUCGACUGUGGCACCAUUUAGAGCACAUAGAAUAUCAAUCCUAUCAAAGGACCAAAAAGACGCUGAUCAUGUAGUUGGAAGUCUAUCAUUGAGAAAUAUCUUAUCUCUUACACAUUCCUAUCAAUCAUUGUUAUCAAGUCACGCCAAAAAGAAAGCAAAGGAAUUACGUAUACUCAAACCAUUUGUAUCUGUCAAUGCAUCGACUAUGAUUGGUGAAGCAUUAUCCCUUCUACCUUCAAAUAGAAUAAGUGGUAUUGCCGUAUUAGAUAAUAAUACAGGUCAUAUACUUACCACUUUAAAUUGUUCUGAUUUAAGAGGAUUAAAAUCAAUUGAUGCAAUUAAAUAUAAUGAAAUAAGUGUAUUGGAUUUCUUAAAUGAUGUUCAUGGAGGUAAAUUAAAGGAACCAGUAUGUUUCCAAGAGAGUAAUAGUACAUUAUCAGAGUUGAUUGAAAAGAGUUGUGAAACCAAUGUAUUGAAUAUGUACUAUAUCGAUGAAAAAACAUUGAUGCCACUUGCCAGAACUUCCAUUGCCGAUCUUUGUGAUGCUAUCUUAUCCUGCUAA